AAGGAACCCUGGGUGCAACGGAAAGAGGAACCUGAGAAGGAUAGGGCCAAUCGGGUGAGGACAACCCGCCCUAUUUGGGAAAAGGUAAGGUAUCUUCAUAGGAUAAUACCCUCCUCAAUGGUCAGCCCAGACCUGCCCUCCAGGUGCACCUCUGUACUCACUAUCCUUGCAAAGAGUCGGCAUGGCAUCAGAACUCAGCAGUGCUUUGGACUCUGGGAAGUCCACACCGCUCUGCCCCUCCCUCCAGGGCUAUGCACCCCGGAUCCCGGUACAUGCUGGGAUUAUAGUUCUGAAGACUAUCGACAAACAGGCUGAGAGUAGUUAACGGACUACAGCUCCCAGCAUAUCAGGUGGGACGCGUACCACUCUGACCCUUCUUCCAGGUCUGCGCCUCGCCCUGGAGCCUGGCGCAUGCUGGGAUUGUAGUCCUGUAGCCCUUUGACCAAAGGGUUGGGAGUGUUUAUGAGAUUACAUCUUCCAGCAAUCCUAGGGAGGGGCACACAGCCCGGUCUCUUCCUCCAGUGACACGCAUUGUCCCUGAGAAUGGUGCAUGCUAAGAUUGUAGUCCUGCAGCUCUCUGAAGAAAGGACUGGAAGUGUUUAUGAGCAUAUAUCUCCCAGCAAGCCUAGGGAGACGCACACAGCCCCGCCUCUUUUUCCAGUGACGUUCACUUUCCCUGACCCCGGUGCAUACUGGUAUGUAUGGUAGUCCUGUGGCAACGGGACCGGAAAGUCUUGGAGUCUUUAUGAAACUACAUCUCCCAGCAAGUAGAAGGAGGCGCCCACGGUCCAGUCUCUUCCUUCAGUAAUGAGCACUGUCCCCGAGCUGGGUGCAUGCUGGGACUGUAGUCUUGCAGCUUGGUGAUGAAAGGGCUGGGACUGGUUAUGAGACUACAUCUCCCAGCAAGCCCACUAAGGCGCGCACGACCCUGCCUCUUCCUCCAGUGACGCGCACUUUCCCUGAGCCUGGUGCAUGCUAAGAUUGUAGUGCUGCAGCCCUGUGACCAAAGGGCUGGGAGCAUUUAUGAGACUGCAUCUCCCAGCAAGACCAGCGAGACGUGCGGAGCCUCGUCCCUUCCUCCACUGAUUGGCGCACGCUCCCUGAGCCUGGUGCAUGCUGGGAUUGCAGUGCCGCAGCCCUGCGACCAAAGAGCUUUGCUAUAGUUAUCUGUGAAGUAUUCAACAAACUACUUAAUUAUUACUGGAAGCCAGAACCUCAGUUGCUUUCACUUUUUGGAUUUUAUGUAAGUGAAAUUUUAUAAUAUGUAUAGUUUUACAUCUACUUUCUUCUAUGCAAUAUUAUAGUUAUAGUAUUAAUUCAUGAUAUUGCAGAUAGCUAUAGUUUAUUUAAAAAUUUUUUUUUUUACUUUGUGGUAAAGUAUACAUAAAAUUAACCAUUUUAGCUAUUGUAAGUGUGCAGCUCAGAAAAAUUAACUACAUUCACAUUGUUUUGCAACUAUCAUUCCCAUUCAUAGGGACCUCCUUUCAACCUGCAGAAACAAAACUCUAUACUCAUUAAGUAAGCUCCUUUUUACUCCCCCUCAGUCUCCUAGGAACCACUCUUCUACUUGAGUUUCUAGAAUUUCAUUAUUCUAAGUAUCUCAUAAUUGGAAUGAUUCAGUAUUUGUCCUUUUAUGACUGGCUAGUGUCACUGCACAAUGUCCUUAAGGUUCAUGCAUGACAUAUCAUGUGUCAGAAUUUCCUUAUUUUACAUAGCUGAAUAAUAUUCCACUGUAUGUAUAAAUCACAUUUUAUCUAUUUUUUCAUUGACGGUAAUUCAAACAACACUUGAGUAAUUCAAACAACUUUUUGGUGAUGUGAGUAAUGCUGCUAUGAACCUAGGUGUACGUGAAUUAUUUUCUGUCUUUGCUUUCCUAUCUUUUGCUGCAUACCCAGAUGUGAAAUUGCUGGAUCGUAUGGUGAUAUUAUGUAUAAAUUUUUUAGUUACUAUUUUGUUAUUUUAUAGCAGCUGCAACAUUUUACAUUUCCACCAACAGUGUACAAGGGUUCUAAUUGCUCCACGUCCUCACCAACACUUGUGAUUUUCUGUUUUGUUUUCUUUCUUUUGGUAGUAGCUGUGCUGAUGGGUAUUAAGUGAUAUGUCAUUUGGGGUUAGAUUUGCAUUUCAUUAAUGAUGAAUUUUGUUGAGCAUCUUUUCAUGUGCUUAUUAGCUACUUUACAUAAUUUUUAGAGAAAUGUCUGCUUAAGAUUUUACCAAUAUUUUAAACAGGUAGUUUCUUUGAUUGUUGCUGAAUUGUUCUUUGCAAAUUCUGGAUAGAGUCCGAUUCAUCUAUUUUUCUUUUGUUUCUUGUGUUUUGGGUGUCCUGUUAAAAAAAAAAAAAAAAAAAAAAAAAAAAAAAAACACUGCCAGAUACAGUGUAUGACAUGUUUCCCCUAUAUUUUGUUCUAAGAAUUUUGUAGUUUUAGCUCUUAUAUUUAGGUAUUUGAUCUAGUUAGUUAAUUUUUUCUUAUGGUAUAAGUCAAGGGCCCAGGUUCAUUCUUUUACAUGUGGGUACCCAAUUUCCCCUGCACCGUUCUGCCUCCGACCAUUGGUCCUGUGUGAGUUUACAUGGAGGUGCUUUGCCUCUGAGAAAGGAGGCGAGUGGACGGGGGGGCAAUACAGCCCUGACAACACCUUGACUCAAGCCCAGUAAGACACGCGAGCAAUAGGCCCCCUUGCAGAGGGCAAAGCAACGUGGAAUCCGAAACCACGCUUCAGUCGGCCUGAGUGUGACUCCUGUGUGGACGGGAGUAUCUGCCUUGUGCUCCGUUGCAGGCUCAAUGUGGGGCUAUCUCAUCUGUGAACCAUGUGGUUGAAAAAUGGACAACCACCCGGGUCUCGGCUCAUUGCUCUCUGAGCAAUUCGCUCAUUCCUUGGGAGACGAAAUUCGUCUGAAUCGCUCCCGGAUGAAGUAACCCAGGCUGGUGAUCUGGAGGGCUGGUGAGCGCCUCGCAGGCCGAUGGGGCUGUGGGCCGAGCACUUAGCCCCCACUGGACACCCAACAUUUUCCUGGAGUGCGAGGUCCUGCUGGUCCUGGAGGUAGAAGACAGCUUUUCUCUCUGCCUUCCUUUCUCUGUCCCUUGAUCCCUCCCUCCUUCUUUCCCUCCAUCCCUCCCUCAGUUUCUCCCUUCAUCCCUCCCUCCAUCCCUCCCUCCCUCCCUCCCUUCUUCCCUCUAUCCCUCCCUCUAUCCCUCCAUCCCUUCCAAGGUCGCUCCAUCCAUCCGUUCUUUCCUCCCUCCAUCGCUCCCAUUCUCUCUGUCUCACUUCCUCUCCUCCUCUCUGCCUGAGUUCCUUCGCACGUAGAAAGGGCAGCAACCUGGUUUGCAUGGGGUCUCGGGUCUGCAUUUAGCUGUCAGGCGCUCCACGGUGAUGCCGAAGAAGCUGGCGGGGCACGGGUAGGUGAGUGACGGUGGCAGGGGGAGGAAGAGGAGGCGAGGUGAGGAAAGAAGAGCAGGCCUGGUGGCUGCCCGGGCCAGUGAUUCCUGGGAUGGAGGUCUCCGCCCGCCCCACUGAAGAACGCGGGUGGGUGGGGGAAAAAGGGAAGGGAGCUCCGCCUGGGCUAGUUAGAAAACCUAGGCUGUUGCCUGCAAACCCAUGCAUGAGCAGUAGACAGUCCACCUGGACGGGCUCUGGGAUCCUGGGAUGCUCAGGAAUGAAUGACAGCCCUCCUCUGAGUGGAGUCUCUCAUGGGACCUGGAACUCAGGGAUCCUAGGCAGGUCAGCUGGAAGGGAAGACACGCCUCUCCAUACCGAGUCAGAGGUUCGCUGCAAAAGAGAGACCACCGCCCUGCCCCCGUCCUGCCCCAACCUCCUGUCCUAAACCUCCUCCAGCAGAGCCCCGUGUUCUUCCUGGCUGAGGAGUGGUUCCAGUGGAGCAGUCUCUUCCAUGUCCUUCAGCUCCCCCAGUAGCGCCGGAUCUAGGAAAGGUUGUGCCUUUUGCUGAAACUCUGGGGUCGACAGAAGCUCAUCUAACAGGCUAGGGAAAUGGAACAUCACAGUCUGAGUGACAACACAUCUGUUAACAGCAUGGUUUACUGAAUAUUUUAAUUCCACUAUUGAGACCUACUGCUCAGGAAAAAAAAAAAACAGAAACGAUUCCUUUAAAGAGAUUGCCACUUGGCCAGAUGCAGUGGCUCCCACCUAUAAUCCCUGCACUUUGGGAGGCCAAAGUGGGUGGAUCACCUGAGGUCAGGAGUUCGAGACCAGCCCGUCCAAAAUGAUGAAACCCCGUCUCUACUAAAAAUACAAAAACAUUAGCCAGGCAUGGUGGUGGUACUUGUAAUUUCAGCUACUUGGGAGGCUGAGGCAGAAGAAUGGCUUGAACCCUGGAGGCAGAGGUUGCAGUGAGCCGAGGCCACUCUACUGCCCUCCAGCCUGCGCAACAACAGUGAAACUACAUAAAGGAAGAAAAAAAAAGGAAAGAAAAGAAAAAAGGAAAAAAGAUUGCUGCUUAUUGACAAUUCACCUAGCUACCCAGAAGCUUAGAUGGAGAUGUACUUGGAAAUUAAUGUUAUUUUCAUGGCUGCUAAUACAAUAUCUAUCCUUCAGCCUGUGGAUCAAGGAGUGGUUUUGACUUUCAAGUGUUUUUAUUAAAUAAUAAAUGCAUUUUGUAAAGGUAUAGCUGUCAUAGAUAGUGAUUUCUUUGAUGAAUCUGGAUAAACUGAAUUGAAAACCUUUUGGAAAGGAUUCAUCGUAAAUACUUUCAUGAUAUUUCAAACUCCUCCCGUGAAUCACAAGUGUCCUUAAUAGCAAUCCUUAAAUGCCAUUAAGGACAUUUGUGAUUGAUGGGAGGAGGUUGAAAUAUCAACAUUAACAGGAGUUUGGAAGAAGUUGAUUCCAGGCCUCAUGGAUGACUUUGAGGGCUCAGGAUGUCAGUGGCGAAGUCCCUACAGAUGUUGUAGAAAUCGCAAGACAACUAGAAUUAGAAUUAAGGCAUUAAGAUGAGAUUAAAUUGCUGUAAACUCAUGAUGAAACUUGAACAAAUGGAGAGUUGCUUCUUAUGGAUGAGCAAAGAAAAUAUUUUCUUGAGAUGGAAUCUUCUGCAGGUGGAGAUGCUAUGUACAUUGUUGAAAUAACAACAAAGGAUUUAGAAUAUUCCAUAAACCUAGUUGAUAAAGCAGAAGCAGGGUUUGAGAGGGUUUACUCCAAUUUUGAAGGAAGAUCUACUGUGGAUAAAAUUCUAUCAAACAGCAUCACAUGCUACAGGGAAAUCUUUUGUGAAAGGAACAAACUUCAUUGUUUUAAGAAAUUGACACAGACACCCAAUCUUCAGCAGCUCCCAGGCUAAGUCAGCAGCCAUCAAUAUAGAGGCAAGACCCUCACCAGCAAAAAGGUUAUGACUUGGUAAGGCUCAGAUAUUCAUUAGUAUUUUUCAGCAAUGAAGUAUUUAAAGUUAAGGUAUGUACAUAGAUUUUUAGACACAAUGUGAUUACUAAUUAAUUAAUUAAUUAUUAAUUAUUAAAUACUCAUUAGACUAGAACAUAGUUUAAGCAUAGCUUUUAAAAGCACUGGGAAACAAAAUGUUUAUGCGACUAACUUGAUUGUAACAUUUGCCUUAUUGUGGUUGUCUGGAACCGAACCCACACUAUCUCUGAGUAUGCUUGUAGGUUUUUGGUUGUUCUUUGUUUUGAGAUGGGAUUUCGCUCUCUCACCCAGGCCAGAGUGCAGUGGCAUGAUCAUAGCUCACUGCAGCCUCAAACUGCUUGGUCAAGUGAUUUUUCUACCACAGCCUCCUGAGUAACUGGGACUACAGGCAUGCAGCACUAUGCCUGGCUUUUUUUUUUCUUUUUUUUGAGACGGAGUCUCACUCUGUCACCCAGGCUGGAGUGCAGUGGCGCUAUCUCGGCUCACUGCAAGCUCCCCCUCCCAGGUUCACACCGUUCUCCUGCCUCAGCCUCCCCAGUAGCUGGGACUACAGUGCCCACCACCAGGCCCAGCUAAUUUUUUUUGUAUUUUUUAGUAUAGACGGGGUUUCACUCUGUUAGCCAGGAUGGUCUCAAUCUCCUGACCUCGUGAUCUGCCUGCCUCAGCCUCCCAAAGUGCUGGGAUUACAGGCGUCAGCCACCGCGCCCAGCCAGCUAUUUUUUUAAUACUUUUUUUUGUAGAGGUGCAGUCUCACUAUGUUGCCAAGCUGGUCUUGAACUCCAGGGCUCAAGCAAUCCAGCCACUUCAGCCUCCCAAAGUGCAGCCAUUACAGGAUUGAACCACUGCCACAGCUUGUGUGUAGUUUUUAAAACAAAAACAGCUGGGUGUCGUGGCUCAUGCCUGUAAUCCCAGCACUUUGGGAGGCCGAGGCAAGUGGAUAACGAGGUCAGGAGUUCGAGAGCAGCCUGGCCAAGAUGGUGAACCCGGUCUCUACUAGAAAUACAAAAAUUAGGUGGGCAUGGUGGCGGGCACCUGUAGUCCCAACUACUCGGGAGGCUGAGGCAGGAGAAUCGCUUGAACCCAGGAUGCAGAGGUUGCAGUGAGCCGAGAUCAUUCCACUGCAGUCCAGCCUGGUGACACAGCAGGACUCCGUCAAAAAAAAAAAAAAAUUAAAAGAUUAAAAGUUAAGAUAGAUUUUUACAAAUAUAUAUAUCUACCAUUACAGUAUCAUACAGAAUGAUUUUACUGCCGUGAAGAUUCUCUGUGCUCUGUGUAUCCAUCUCUUCCUUCUCUUUGGUCUGUGGCAACCACUGAUCUUUCUACUGUUCCCACAGUUUCACCAUUUCCAGAACGUCAUAUAAUUGGAAUUGAACAGUAUGUAGACUUUUCUGAUUGGCUUCUUUUAGCAAUAUGCAUUUAAGUUUCCUCCAUGUAUUUUUUUGUGGCUUGAUAGAUCAUCUCUUGCUAGCAGUGAAUAAUAUCUCAUUGCCAUUAUACUUUUGUCAAGACUCAGAAUGUACAACGUGAAGAGUAAACGUUAAUGUGCACUGUAAGCUUUGAGUGAUAAUGAAGGGUCAAAGUAGGUUCCUGGUUGUCACAGGUGUGCUCCUGUGGGGCAGGAAGCUGUAGUGGGGAGGCUGUGUGUGGGGAAAGGGACAUAUGGGAAGCCAGUACUCUGUGCUCCGUUUAGUUGUGAACCUGCACUUCUCUAAAAAAUAAAAUUAGUUAAAAUUAAAAGCAAAAAAUUAGAGAAAUUAAAGGAUUACAAUGUGUCAUAUAGUUUUCAAAUCACAAGACAGAAAAAGACAUAAUAAAAGAAAGUAUAGAAAACAACAAGAAUAGGAAUAAAACAUCAGUGAUAGAAGGCAGAAGACAGAAACGUGCAGCCAAACACAGUAUUUUAAUCAUUAUUUAUAUUCAUUUAUACUAAUUUAUAUUGAUUUAACAUAUUAAUUUUGACUAAAUGGCAUUAAAGGAGGUUUGAGUAAUUUGCGUGUCAUACUCUGGAUGAGAGGACUUAAUAAUAUUAACUCUUUAGUUUGCUGUAAAUCAUUUAGAAAUAUGCUCAAAUUCCAAUAAAAAUUCCAAGAAAAAUAUUUUUGAACAAGAAAAUGUGCUUUUAAAUUCAUCUAUUGAACACACACACGAGAGCCAAUAUUAUAAAAUUUACUAUAAGAUAUUUAAGAUUAUUACUAUUCAAAGUAAACAAAUUUGAAAUGGCACAAAAAUAAACACAUUAAUGAAAGAGAAUUAAAAACACAGAAAUUCAGUGUAGUUGUAUCUAGUAACAGGAUAACAUUUUAAAUUCACAAAACGAGCGAUUUUUCCAUUUAUGGUAUUAAAAUACUGGGUAAUGAUGUGAGAAUAUAAAAUGAUAGAAUUGAAUAAUUGUCCUACACCUUGCAUAAAAGUUAAUUCCAGCUGGGCGCGGUGGCUCAUGUCUGUAAUCCCAGCACUUUGGGAGGCCGAGGUGGGUGGAUCAUGAGGUCAGGAGAUCGAGACCAUCCUGGCUAACAUGGUGAAACCCCGCCUCUACUAAAAAUACAAAAAAUUAGCCAGGCGUGGUGGUGGACGCCUGUAGUCAAAGCUACUCAGGUGGCUGAGGCAGGAGAAUGGCGUGAACCCGGGAGGCAGAGCUUGCAGUGAGCCGAGAUCGUGCCACUGCACUCCAGCCGGGGCCACAGAGCGAGACUCCAUCUCAAAAAAAAAAAAAAAGUUUAUUCCAGUAUUAAAUGUUAAAAAAAAGAGAGAGAGAGAGAGAGAGAAAAGAAAAUUAGACGUCUGUGUGUUUUAUGACCUUGAGAAUGAAUGUCUUCUAAAAUCAAAAUUUCAAACAGAAACAAUAUAAAAAGGAAUAAACCUAACGUACCUAAAGUGUAAAUUCUUAUACAUUUCAACACCAGGUAAAUAGCAUAAAACAAACUGGGAAAAUUUUUACAACAAUUAUGUUACAUGAAAGUUAAAAUCCUUAUAACAUAUACAAUGUAUAAAACAGUAUGAUUACUGCUAUUAUUAAUAGCAUUAUGAUUACCUGGUCUUCCCACACACCAGUCCUCUUCUGGUGCCCUGCACUGAAACAGAGCCCUCCUUCUCUGGCCACAGUGAGGGAUCCAGCAGGAACCCUGCCUAAACCCACAGAGGGUGUGAGCCAAGCCAGGACAUCACAUUCCCUACUGUGAAAUCACACAGAUACUCACUCAUGACAGAAAUUUGGUCCGUCUCAGAAAAGUUGUGUAACAAUUAUUGCAGAAACUUGUUUCUCAUGUUCCCAGACACAUGGGGAAAGCUGGUCUGGAAGAUUGAUGUCCACAUGCUAAGAGAAACAGUCACUCGUAACACACACACUGUACACACCACACCAUGUGCACAUGCAAACACACCCCACACACAGACACCACACAAACAGCACACACUACACCAUGUGCACACGCACACACACAACCCCCUGACACUGCACACACACACCACACACACACCACACCCACUGAACAUGCCACACCAUGUGCACAUGCACACACCCCACACAGACACCAUACACACUGCACACAUGCCACACAGACACCAGACACACUGCACACCACACCAUGUGCACACGCACACACCCCACACAAACACCACACAACACACCAUGUGCACACACACACACCACACAGACACCACACCACAUGCACACACACCACACACACAGACACCACACACUGCACACCCCACACUGUGUACACACACACCCCACACACAGACACCACACACCACACACACCACUCCAUGUGUGCACACACACCACACACACUGCACACAUACACCAUGUGCACAUGCACAUACACCCCCCACACCACACACUACACACACCACACCAUGUGCACAUGCACACACACCCCACACACAGACACCACACACACUGCACACACGACACCAUUACACACGCACACACACCCCACACACAGACACCACACACUGCACACACCACACCAUGUGCACAUGCACACACACCCCACACACAGACACCACACACACUGCACACACGACACCAUUACACACGCACACACAGCCCACACACACUGCACACCCCACAGCAUGUGCACACGCACACACCACACACACGAACCUACUACACACACACCACACACAACACCACACACACACCACACACAUCACACACCCCACACUCCCCAAACACUGCACACGUACAUAUAGCACCACACACAUAGAGCAAACACACACAUCACAUACAUACACCACACACACUGUGCACACACCACACACACCACACACAUACACCACACACAUUCUACACACACAUCAAGCACACAUCAAACACUACACUGCACACACAGCACCAUACACACACAAAAUGCACACGUCACAUACACCACAUGCACUGCACACACACAUAUCACACACACACCACACAUAGUACACAUACACACCACACACACAUACACCACAAACACAGCACAUACACACACCAUACACCACCCACAGUAUUCACACAACACCCACAAUACACACCACACACACAUAUACGUACCCCAUGCACUUACUAGACACACAGACCACACACACACACCAUACAUACACAUCACACACAUACAUCUGUGCAUACCUCACAGAGUACAUACAAUCCUCACUUUUAGAACUUAAUUCAGCUUUUAAGGAGCCUGGAUAGUAAAGUAUUUUAUUGGCGUUUGAAUGAGCUAAGAAAAUGCGUAGAAAUACACAUGCGUAACUAUGAAGGCACAAGCAGCACUUUCGAAAUCAAAACAUUACAUUAAACUGUGUAAAUUUUUUGUUUCUGAAAAAUCAAGUCUUUAUCAUUUUACUAGAAACUAUUUACACAGUAAACUAAUGAGAUUCUUCCUGAGGUCAAAAGACCUUUUGGAAAAUCUUCUCCUUGAUGAAAUUUCACUUAAAACAUCACUUCCGUCAUGAAGUAUUUCUUGAAGAUAUUCUUGGUCCCUUUCCUGUUAUGUGGAAUCGUCAAUUCGAAUUUUAAAGGAGACUUUGAGAUGUUUUUCAUCUAUCAUUUUAAAAAUGUUGAAGGGGCUUUUAAUUCUGCCUUCAACAGAGAUAGACACACCUCUGAUUACGAUGUAAAACGGAAUACGUUACUCUGACAAGCUUUCUCCUCUGCAGCGCAACUGCCAUCAUUAUUAAUAAAGAUUGAAUGCUUUUACUUCGUGCAGAAUCUGUAUUCCCUGCUUUAUAAAGAAUAGAAAUCUAAUUCUCAUUAUGAAGGCAAAUAAAGGUAAUCCCUUCAACCUACAGAUGACUGAAUCAUUUACGAAAGCACUCAGACUUUAAAUAGCAUUUAUCAAAUGUGUCUAUAUUUCUACACAGAUUCAUAUGAAGAACAUGUAGUUUAAAUCAUUGCACAUUUUAUGCUUUUCAUGAGUUGUGAUGCUGAUUAAUAUUUUUAUCACAUUUCCCCAAAGGUAGGCUACUUACCGUUAUUAUUUUCAGUUAGAAAUAUAGGUGUAUUUUCUAUUUUUGAUGACUUUGAAACAUAACCCUUAGAAUAUAAUAUCUAUGUGUAAUAUCUGUGGAAAGCAUGAAAGUAAUAUUCAAACAGUAUGCAUCUUUUCCAGAAUGAAAAUUUCCUCUACAAUAACGUUCAUCUUUUUUUUCCUGAUGGGCACAUAAAAGUCAACAUUUCUAACUUUGCUGUACUUUAUUUACAUUAAACUUGCAUCAGCUUCAGGUGUUGCAGAAACUGGGCAAGAGGCCACAAGGUACACAAUACACACACACACACACACACACACACAAAACUUGUAUUAUUAUACUUACCUAAGUGUCUAAAGAGGUGGAUAAAUAUAUUAGAUUGCUCUAGAACAAUGAUUUUUAUGGGGCCUAUUGGAAAGUAUGACUGUAGUUUGAGUGAGAUGCCUGUAAGAGAAUCAAUUUGGCCACUAUUUAUUGUGUAUUCAAUUUUAAAAAUACUAACAAGGCUCAUGGGAUAGAAAUUUCCAUCUAAAUCUCUGGGAAAUGUGCUACUAGAUGCUGUAGUAAAAAGAUUGGUGUGCUAAUUGUAAAAUAUAUCUAAUAUGUAAACCUUUGUUUGUUUGUUUUUUACCUGAAAUCCUUAUGGCGAUGAUUGUGUAUGUCAACUUGAUUCUUCUCAUCAACAAGAUAAAUAAAUAAAUAGCCAGCCUACCUUUAUAAAUUAAUAAUCUAGUUCAUCUGCUCUAUAUUUUGAGGGCAGUGCUUCUCUUCCUUUGACAUGCACAAGAUUCACCCAGGGAUCUUAUUAAAAUGCAAACUCAUAGACCACAAUCUGACUAGCUAAGAUAAGGAGUCAGAGCAUCAAAAUGAGUGUGUAGGUGACUGUGCUAAGAUUCUACUGCUCAUUUGGGCCCGGGCCCACCAUACAA